AUGGCGGACCGCUGGGUGGAGGAGGAGCUCGCGCACAAGGCGGAGCUCGCGCAGAAGGCUGGCCCGGAGGAGAGGGCCCAGGCGCUCCACCGCGCACGGCUGCUGAGGCUGUGGGCCACGGACGCGCAGGAGGCGCUGGCGCCCGGCGCCGACGGCGAGGCGGACGGCAGCCUCGGCGGCGACCUGGGCCUCUCCGAGGCCUGGCUGUGGGCCGCGCUGAGCGCCGGCCACUCGCGGGAGGCCUGGGAGUCGGCGGCGGCGGGGCUGCUCGGGAGCGGCGGGCAGUGCAGUGCCGUGGACGGCGUGCACCACGCCGCGGCGCUGGCGCUCGUGCUCGACCGCCUGGAGGACGCGGUGCGCCUCUACCUGCGGGCGGAGCUCUUCGCGGACGCCCUGCUGCUCGCGCGGCUGCGGCUGCCCGCCGGGCACCCCCUAGUCGCCCACGUGUACGGCCAGUGGGCCGCGGACCUGCGGCGGAGGAGCAGGCACGACCAGGCGGCCGUGUGCCACCUGGCCAUUGGCAACCUCGGCGAGGCGCUUGCCGACCUCGAGGAGUCCUUUCCGCCAGCGCGGCCCAGUCAGGUGGGCCCCGACCCCGUGCGGCUGGCCAUGUCCUUCGCGGCCGCCUGCGUGGCGGAGGCGAUCGCCACCGCCCUCCUCGACACUCCGGGGAGCAAGGCGGCCGUCAUGGACUCCAGGGGCGAAUGCGAGACAGGGGGCUUCGACGCGGCCUUGGCGUACAACCACCGGAGCUGGUGGGGGCAGAAGGAGCUGCGCGUGGCCGUGCAGGCCUGGAGGCGCUGCGUGUGCGAGGCGCUUCAUGCCGGACAGCUGCAGAAGGCCCUGGAGCUUGCCAAGGUGGCCGUGGCGGGGAGGGCCCCCACCGCCGGCGAGCGGUUCCUGCAGGCCGCCCUGCAGGGCUACGCGUCCGCGGCCGCGUGGUGGGCGGCGCUCCUCGGCGCGGAGGCCGACGCCCCCGCGGAGGGCGCCGGCGGCGGGGAGGCCCAGGAAGAGGCAGCGACCCCGCUCGCGCGGUUCGUGGCGGCUAACCAGGAUGCCGUGGUGCCCGACGGCGACUGGGACUUCGAGUGGCGCGCGCUCACCUGGCUGCCCGCCUUUGAGCACGGGGAGGACCCCCUCCUAAGCGCGGCCGUCGAGCUCGGGCGCGCCUGCACGGCUCUGGCGUCGGGCCUCACGCGCGAGGCGGCGGCCAGCGAGGAGUGCACGGCCUCCGCCGCAGAGUUGGCCGCGGCCGCCAGCCCGCCUGGGCAGGAGCCCUGGCCGGUGCUCAGCCGGGUCUUCGCCGGGCUGCCGCUCCGCGCCGGGGGCGGGGCCGAGGUGCUGAGGCGGGGCUACCGCGCCGCACUCGUGGCGGAGGCUGGCAGGGCGCCCUCGGCGGCGCUGGGCAGCCUGGCGCGCGCCGCGGCCCUGGGGCGCGCGGUGCCGCUCGUGGAGGACGCGGAGGCGGCAGCGCUGGAGCUCCUGGCCGAGGUGGCGCGCGCCAUCCAGGGCUGCGGCCUGUGGCUCGGGGACGAGGAGGCGGCGGCCCGCCCGGAGCCCGCGCCGUGCCCCCUCCUCUCCGCGGAGGGCGCCUCCUGGCUCGUGGGGGGCCUCGAGCACCUCCAGCGGCACAGCCUGUCGCCCCUCGUCGUGCCCAUCGCCGUGGCGGCCUGGUGCUCGCGCCGCUUCCGCUGCGGGCCCCGGGUGCCCGCCGAGGCCGAGCCGCCGCCGGAGUACGAGGAGGUGGGCGAGGAGCCCACGGGGCCGCAGUGGACGGCCGCCGCGCAGGCGAUGAGGUGGCAGCCGCUGCUGCUGGCGCUCUCCACCUUUGCGGCGGGGGCGGAGGGUGCCGGGGAGCCCUCGCCCGGAGGGGCGCUGGGCGAGGCGUUGCAGGGCGUGGCUGGCCUGGAGGCGCUCCGCUGCCCCGCGCCGGGGCCCGCCGCGGCGGCGCCGCUGUCCUGGGCCGCGAGGCUGUCGCUCGCGCGGCGGGCGGCCGAGCAGGGCGCCUUCGCGGGGGACGAGGCGGGAAGCGCCGCCGCGGUGUGCGAGCUGCUGGCGGCCGUGCCGCCGAGCGUCGGUCCCGAGACGUAGGCGGGCCGCGCCUCCCGGGCUCGGCGG